CCGGGCGUUGCUCAGGUAAAAGCUCUGGAGUUUGUCCCCCGUGAUGUGUCUCUUCCUCGAAUUAUGCACUUUUAUUUACUGUGUGAUGCUGCAGGAAAUUAUUACAAUCAAGGAGAGAUUCGUAAGAAAGAACUGGAACAGAGUUGUUUUCUUCUGGGGAUUCCUGCUUCUGAUGUAACAGUUGUUGAUCACAGGGAUCUUCCAGAUAAUCCCGCUGUUGAAUGGGACACACAGCUCCUGGCCGGCUUUGUGCUGAAGCAUAUAGAAGCCAAUAACAUCAACCUGGUGGUAACCUUUGAUGCAGGAGGAGUGAGUGGUCAUGCUAACCACAUCUCCCUUUACGGGGCUCUAAGGUACCUGCAUUCAGAGCGGAAGUUACCUGAAGGCUGCCAUGUGCUCGUGCUUGAAUCAGUAAAUCUCUUCCGGAAGUACAUCUCCAUCCUGGAUGUACUCAUUUCCUGCCUCCUGCCCAGAGAUGCGCUCUUCAUACUCACAGAGGAGGAGACUGAAAAAGCCAGGAGAGCCAUGCGGUGUCAUCGCAGCCAGCUCCUCUGGUUUCGCCACAUCUAUAUGCUUUUCUCACGUUAUAUGGUGAUCAAUUCACUCCGUCUUCUGUAA